UGAAUGGGUACGAAUGUAGGGAGGAAGGCAUAAUUUGGUGGUAACCGCGCAGAUGGAUUAAGUAAAUUGUAUACCACUAGUAAAAUGCGACACGCUUAUAAUUUGCUCGCUGUUAUUUGGCUACAAUCCCUUCUGAUCACAGGGAAUGAGGACCUGCCGAAAUCCAUUAAUAGCGAUCAGAACGGAGAAACAACUAAGUCAUUAUUAUCAGCAGGUGUUUAUGCAAAGUUGUUUGCUGAACGCCGAAGGGAGCAUCAACUAAUGAUAAGGAAAAUGUUGGCAUCAGAAAACUAUGAAAAAAACUUCAAGCUUUUGCAAUUGGCCUACAGGAAAAUUUUUGAAGUAAUAUUGGAAAAAAAUAGCACACUGACUUCUUAUAGUUUUGUGCCAGCACAAGAGCCAUUUCCUCAGAAUAGUGAUUUACAAGAUGCAGUCACCGUCACCUUGGAAAACUGCUGUAUUGCAGCCGAAAGUCUAUUACAUUUUCCUGAGAUAAGUUAUCGUAUAUUUGACAAAAAUAAUUUUUUGCCAUGGAAAUUAAUGCUGAAUUGGUGCAAUGAAUUUGUCAGCUCUUUCUCAUAUCUCAUCGAUGAAUCUACAAUCAAAUUGAUGGAUCUUUUACUCCAAGAAAUCAACGAAGAGCAACGCACGCCUAAUUAUGUGAAUCCUUACAAUAAGGCACUUAAUAAUCACGCAACGAAAAAGCGAGAGAAACAACAUAAGAAACUGAAGAAGGGUCCAUAUUUGAGCGGAGGCAAAACAGAGUUAUAGUAAUCUUGUUCUCUUUUUACAUUGUAUAUUUAUGUAUAAAACCUAAAUUAUUAAAGUAAAAGAAAACACACGCAAA